UCAGAAACUUUUGACAGCUCGUGCUUGUUAUGAAUCAGUCUUUACAUUGAACUGACAAAACCUGCACAAAAAAUUAAACACUCAAGUGAUACUUUUCAACCAAGCAAUCAUAAAACACCAUUUAUCAUAGUGAUGCGACCGAGCAACUGCUCAAUCGAACUGCGCCCCAUUUAAACAUAUUCAGUGUGAUACUAGCCCGACGUGCCAUGAUGGUGUGCGACUGGAAUGUUUACAUUUCGCCAGUCUUCCCGGUCGGGGCUCCCGUCAUGUGAGAGCGAUGCAGGACGACCAACCGAUGGCUUCGCAAACGCUCGAAAUAUUGAGACAGGGCGUCUGGGCGUCCCUGACCGGCGGCUGGUUCUACGAUCCCCAUCAGGAUGUCUUCUGCAACAUCUUCCACCUAUACAUAUGGCUGUUUCUGUUGUGUAUGCCCUUCACCAUCUAUGUGUAUUUUCCGCCUACGAAAUUUAUGUGGUAUUGUUACUGUGCCUCCGUGACUGUUGUGCUCACAGUCAUCAAAUUAGUCAACUUUGGCCUCCACCACAUGUAUGACACAGGCGAAUGCAUCCGUGAGGGUGAUGAAGAAGAAUGGAGCGAGCAGAAAAAGGAGGAUGAAGGAAUAGAACUGCAAGUGCUAUCGAAGAAUAAAUCGUCGACGGACGCGAUCAAAGCAGUUGAAACUGGCGUGUUCAAUUUCACCGACGAGGACAGUUUCGAAUCGAACGAUAUCCAUCAAAUGGACAUGGCUGGGGCGGUAGGAGGUGGGAAGCCAAACAGUACUAUCGAUCUGAAAGCGGAAGUUCAUCGCAAAAACUCGUCGGACAGUAGUGAAGGAAGCUUGACUGUCGUACUGCCCGCACAAAAUGAGAUGGGGGCGGAACGGCAACGCAGAGGCAAACGAGGCGCUGUCCGACAUCUGAAACACCAAAGGUCGAAAACCGAUUGCGGUCUGAUGGCGAUGGCCAGAGAAGAAAGGCCGCGACGGUGCUACCUUAAAGAGGUAGAGCACGUUGAUUCGCAAGAGGGUUUGUCAAACCAACACAGGCCAUCCUUGCAGAGCGUGGACUCGGACCAGAGCACGUCGAAUCUGGCCGAAGGGGUGUCGAACGUCGGCCGCAGACACUCAAACUUCACGAGCCUGGGCUUUCUUCCGUCUGCGUCAGGACAGUGCAAAAUUAAACCGACGGGCUCGUUGGAACUGAGCUACAUUGACAAGAAUCCGAAUCAAGCCUUAACUUCCGACGGGUUCUAUUUCAAGGCCAACGCCGGCCAGUUUGUUUGUUCUAGGGGCGGAGUACGAAGGAUACGAUCUCAGGCGUUGGAGGCGUGCUGUCCGCCGCCAACGUUGGGCGCGCAUCCCAACAGCGUCGAGUUGAUAGGUGGGGCGAAGGGAGCCGCCCGUAAUCCACCACUUCCGCCUCCCAGCACCAGUCUCACCCGCAACCAACAUCUGAAUCUGUGCCCGUAUUACGGAUCGGAGAUUGUGUAUCCAAUUGCAGAACAGUCGGACGAGCACCAAACUUCUCAUGGGCCUGACACCGAUCCUGAUUCGGUGACACACAUCUCUGAUUCGGAUUAUGAAGAACCCAAUCAAGGUAGUCAUUCACCUCUUCUGUUCGUCAAGUUAAAAAACGUUCCGAAAAGUAAGGCGUCACACCAAUCAGCCCCACCACCUUCCUCGACGGCCCACCCACCCGAUAACAAGCAAACCGAAGAUGACCACAGUAACGAGGCGAGUGCGCAUGCUCCGGUUGAGGAGGCUUGCGCCGUUAAUGUGGACAACAACGAAGCUAACGUAACUGAUAGGCGGCCUCCCGAAGAAUCUGAAUGUUCUAAUUUGAGCUGCAAUAGUAACACGAGUGUCGAUAUGACUGCUGAGGAUGGAAGACAGGAGAGAAAGUCGAAAAAGACUCAACAUGAUCAAUGGACGGGUGACGAAACGUCGGAUCAUAAGCGGGAACAACACGAGGCGGGUGGAAGCGGAGGUGGUGGAGGCUUGGUACGGAAAAGAAACUUUAGGAAAGUCAAAAGGAAAAAGAAUGACGGCAACAAGGGUGUGGAAUCGGGAAAUUGUUCGAGCAUGAUGGAAUUGGAACUCGACUGGCUUUUCGACGAUGAAAAUCACCAUCUACCUCUCAGAAAAGAGCCUCUAAAGCGUGACAACGAAUGGUCUAGCACCACGACAGUGUCUUUAGAACAUGACGUUAGCAAAGUACUACAGGAUACAGUGCCUACUUGUGCUCGCAGUCUGGGUGCCAUUCCGAAAAGAACGCGACACAUGCCGGCUCCUCGAGUCCCCACGGACCAUCCCGCCUCCUCUUCGGGUCGUAAAACGCCGAAAAGCGAAUCGGAGAAGUGCAGCAUGUGUAAAUCCAAGGACGGAAGAACGUCGACGAGUGCCGCGGAAGAGAGGAGAAGUAGAAAAGAGAACAAAGUCACACAAACCCUAAGGCUAAGUGGCAGUUCCAGUCCUGUUGAAGGACUGGAGUGUCUGGUUGUCAGUCCGAGGAAAAAACAUCCAGCGGGUGAUUGUAAGAAACGAUCGAGACCAACGAGAACGUCGAUCGAAGAGGCGUCGAGUAGCAGUUCCAAUAAUGAAUUGAGCACACUUCUACCUCCACCUGCCGCCCCGCUCCUUUCCGCACUCAUCAACCCGCCCGAUUUCCCGGUCUUCUACUUUGGCGUGCCGCCUCAUGAAGAACGAGACGGCGGUCCAAGCAGUAGACGGCGUUGCUAUGCCCAGAGUGCGAAGAACCAACCGAAAGGAGCGUUAAUAGCUACGGAAACAAUUGUAGGUGUGGACACACAAUAUUAUUUGGACGAAGAGGGCAAUUGGAUAACGUACACGUUCCAAGAUGGGGGCCCAAACGUGUCGUCGCGAUCGAUUACAAUAGAACAUCCUUCUCUACGGCGCCCCAAUGACGACGCUACCAUCACUAGAGCUCCGCCACCGAUCGCAUGGUCGACGACAACGACCGGUGACGAGAGUGGUGCCAGCGCCGAGUCGGUGGCGGCCAUCCGAGCGGGGAGCGUCGGAGCUACAAUCGCUCCUAGUUCAUCAGUCUCCACCAUAAUGGAGGCGGCCGGACAGAAGAGGAGCGAGGCGGCCCAAGUGGCUAGAUACAGACGCGAAUGGCCACAAUACAGUCACAGGUUCAGGAGGAUACUGUGGCAGAUGGAUAUUGCAGUCGAUAUUAACGGACGUGUUCUCAGUGAGUGCGAAGCGGAAGAGCGGAAACGUGACCUGUUCAUACGCAGCAUCGAUCCGGCUAACAACAACUGUCCAAAAGUACGGUCGUACUACAAGUUCCAACUGUUCUCUUGGACGUCGUUGUACAUCAAAGUGACCGCCGAUCGUCUCAAACUGCUGGCACUUCUCGACAGGAAUCUCACAAUGUCGGAAACCUUAUUGGGGAUUGUGCUGUGCGUCUUGGUUGCUGUUUUUGGAGCGAUGCUGCUGUACUUAGAUUUCUACAAGGACGCGAUGGCUUUCAUAUUUUGUUUUGUGAUGGCUAGCUGUCAGUAUUCCUUGUUGAAGAGCGUUCAGCCGGAUGCUGCAUCGCCAACGCAUGGAUUUAACAAGGUGAUAGCUUACUCCAGGCCGAUUUACUUUUGCCUCAGUUGUAUGAUGGUUUUGGUCCUCCACCAAAAUCUGGAACAGAAAACCUUAGACACAGGCUACAAAUUCGACACCAAUAACAUCACAAGUCAAAUAUUGUGUCUUUACGCUCGUGAUUUUUUCGCCAUCUUCAUACUCAGUUUUCCCAUUCUGUUUUCUUUGGGUCUGUUCCCACAGAUCAACACGUUCGUCCUUUAUCUUCUAGAACAGAUUGACAUGCACAUAUUUGGUGGCAACGCAAUGGGCAGUCUGACGGCAGCGUUCUAUUGCAUCUUCCGAUCGGUGCUUGCGGUAACUGUUCUCUUCGGAUUGGCCUACGGAGGUCUGUGCGAAGAGAAAAGUUCGCAGCACAUAUUGUUUUCAAUGUUUUGCGCGUGUUUGGUCGCUUGUUCCUAUCAUUUGAGCCGGAGUGCCGGAGACCCGUCCAACGUUUGGUAUCUGUUGAAGAAGCACUUGUGGCCACCGGACUUGUAUCGAGAACACGCCAAAUCAUUGGAAGAGCCGCUCAGGGAAAAGGUGCCAGUCAACAAAGAACAUAAAUGCAAGGCGGAAGACGAGCCCAAACAGCCGAAAGACCGUGAAAAGAACGUGAAAUUCGGACCGGAGGUAAAAGACUCCUCGCCGGGGAAGAAGAUAACCGACGAACAUCAAGAUCCUCUGCCACACAAGUUGCAGAAAACGGUGAACGGUCGCCUGACUAACGACGUAAUACUAUGCAGCCUUAUCGCCCUGUUCGUGGGCGGCAUCCAUGCCAGCACCGUCUUCACUGUCCUGCAACCCGACCUGAAUCCUGUGCUGUGGCUGAUGGCGGCCACAUUGGGCUUCCUGUUGCACUACAUUGUUCCGCAACUGAGGAAACAGUUGCCGUGGCUGUGCAUCGCACGCCCCGUCCUCAGAUCUCAUGAACACGAUCAGUACCAAAUAAGGGGGCCCGCUAAGAUUAUGUGGUUCGAGGCGGUUUACGUGUAUCUUAGUUUCAUAGAGAGGAACGUACUGUAUCCUCUACUUUUUAUCUCGGCACUUACGGAAGACUCGCCGAAGAUCGUCGCCAGGUAUGGUUUGUAUUUCGGCUCAUUCCUGGUGGUGACUUGCGGUUUGAAAUGCCUGAGACAUAGUUAUUCGGAUCAGAGUUCACAAUACCUGAUACUAAUGUUCACCGCCUUGUUCUUCAAAUAUGAUUUUAGUGCGUUGCAAGAGGCCUUCCUAUUAGAGUACUUCGUUAUGAGUAUAGUUUACCACAAACUCCACGAAUUGCUCCUCAAGGUACAAUUCGUGGUGACUUACAUUGCACCGUGGCAAAUAACGUGGGGAUCAGCAUUUCACGCAUUCGCCCAACCAUUUUCUGUACCUCAUUCAGCUAUGUUAUUCCUACAAGCCAUCAUUUCGGCAAUUUUAUCGACACCGCUGAAUCCAUUUUUGGGUAGUGCUAUAUUUUUGACUUCGUACGUGCGACCUGUGAAAUUCUGGGAAAGAGAUUAUAACACAAGGAGAGUGGAUCACUCCAACACACCUUUGUCUUCACAUCUGGAUAGAAAUUUGGGGGCGGACGAUAACAAUUUAAAUUCGAUAUUUUACGAGCAUCUUACAAGGUCCUUACAGCACUCGUUGUGCGGGGAUUUGAUAAUGGGUCGUUGGGGUCCUGUGAGUCAAGGGGAUUGUUUCGUUUUAGCGUCCGAUUACUUGAAUUGUUUGGUACACAUAAUUGAACUAGGUAACGGUCUAGUCACAUUCCAAAUGCGGGGUCUCGAAUUUCGAGGGACUUACUGCCAACAGCGUGAGGUUGAGGCCAUCACUGAAGGCGUCGAGGAGAAUGAUGGGUGUUGUUGUUGUGAUCCAGGACAUUUGCCGAAUAUGCUGAGCGUCAACGCUGCAUUCAGUCAGCGCUGGCUGGCGUGGGAAGUCACAGCUGCCAAGUAUAUUCUGGAAGGAUAUAGCAUAAGUGACAACAGCGCUGUGUCUAUGCUGCAAGUAUUUGAGUUUCGAAAAGUUCUUAUUUCCUAUUAUGUUAAGAGUAUUAUUUUUUACACAGUAAGAUCACCAAAACUAGAAGAAUGGCUAAAUAAUCAAGUGAUAUUCAGAGCUUUGCAGCCAAUAGAACAAAGAACUUUCGUUGAUCUAGAUCCAAUUUUUAAUGCUAAAAUAGACGAAGACUUCGAUGUGCAAAACUGCGGCAUGACCAAGAACAUGUUCGUGGCGGUGCACGGCGAGUGGAUCUCUUAUUGUGUCGAAAAAUCCGAAAAGAACGUCGAAACUGGACCGCACUCACCUCUUGUACUGCUCUGUUUUGCCCUGAGUUUAUUAGGACGUCGUACUUUGGGAGCAGUUUCCCACAACACUAUCUCCAACGUCGAGUUCUUCCUGUACGGCCUGCACGCAUUGUUCAAAGGUGAUUUCCGCAUAACAUGCGCCCGCGACGAAUGGGUCUUUACCGAUCUCGAUUUGUUGAAAACGGUGGUGGCACCUGGUGUGAGAAUGUCUCUGAAAUUGCACCAGGACCAUUUUAUGUCGCCUGAUGAGUACGAGGAGUUAUCUGCACUUUACGACGCUAUCUGCAAACACGAGCAGGAAUUGGUUAUCUCGCAUGAAGGCGAUCCCGCCUGGAGAGUUGCCAUUCUUAGCGGCACUCCAAGUCUUUUAGCUUUAAGGCACGUUUUGGAUGAUGGAACCGACGAAUAUAAAAUAAUAAUGCUGAACAAACGCCACUUAAGCUUCCGUGUAAUCAAAAUCAACAGGGAAUGCGUUAGAGGGUUGUGGGCAGGACAACAACAAGAACUUGUCUAUUUGCGUAACCGUAAUCCCGAACGUGGCAGCAUUCAAAACGCCAAACAAGCAUUGAGAAACAUUAUAAAUUCGUCCUGUGAUCAACCAAUUGGUUAUCCUAUUUACGUGUCGCCCUUAACAACCAGCUACGCGGAGACCAAUGAACAAUACAGUGCACUUGUCGGUGGGUCAGUUAGUCUGAAGAAGAUCAAAAACUACGUUUUUGAUUUGUUCAGAAGAAUUAGGAAGCGUUGUGGUGAGGGAUGUUCUAGUGGGGCAUCGAAUCGCGAAGAGAUUGGUAUGGGUCACGAAGGCGCGUAUACGAUGACCACCAUAACAUCGACCGGACUCCACAACUCUAGCCAAUCCACCGAGGGGUCGCAUCUUGGCGGCAGCAUGGGCAGAGGAUCUAGUUUAAGCAGGACGUCGCUAGGCGCUAACAGGGGGAGCUUGGUGUCGGUCGGUAAACCCACCAGCUCAACAUUGGCCAGUCUCGCGGGACUGUUCAAGGAGAGGGAUGAACGAUCCGUUUCCCAAGUGCCGGACGCUCAAACCAGGACGGAUGAGAGACUAGGAGAUAAUGCUGAAGAUAGAGAUUUGUUAGACUCAAGAGUCAGAAUUAUUGACCCUAAUAUGGUUUACGACUGCAUAAAUAUGGGCCGCAGAAUCGACGUGCAGUGGCCAAAGGAGUACAUGAGAGCAAAAGGAGGACGAAAUAAUUGGAAAGACUGGGUGCCUGAAACUGGAAUGGAAGGAAAUGUGGUUCACAAGUGGGUGCCAUCCCACAAAGAUCCAAAUAGGAGAUCGCACGUGGACCGCACCAUCCUUCUAGUCCACAUCGAAGAUCGUUAUGUCCCUAUCGCGGAAAGCGGCGUCCAAGAUUUGGGACCGGAAGUAUAGCAACACGCCGUGUGCUACAGCUUCUUGGGCGUCACGGGCGCAGAUGGUUACGUGCCCGGGGUGGAAACGAAGCUGUUGCGCAAUGAUGACUAUGUCGAAGUUAACGAAGGAGAUAAUGGUGAUUGAGGUUGUGCGCGUGUCUGAUGCUGGGAGAUUACUAGAAAAUUACAAGUUUUUGAGAUGGUAACCUGGACAAUAAAUCUCCGAUUUGGAUUUUGUUUUUCCUUUGAUACUCUUUGUAUGAAUGAAAGUAUUAAAUACAAAGCAAGAGGGAUCUUCCAAAUCAGACACAUCCACUUAAUUUAAUGACUGGUACGGUUUCUCAUAUUAGUCCGUUUUUUUACUUUUAUACACCAAUAGAAAUUUUAGUCGAGAAAUGUGAACAUAUCCCAGACAUUUACUUUACAACAGGGUAGGAUUUAUUUAUUUUAUUUUUAUUAUUUUUAUAUUAAGCCUUAGCACGGCACGAUUUUAAUCGAUCGAUCACAUUUUUCGUACUUAACAGCAUUUCUACAUCAAUGUAUUAUUUUCGUAGAUACUGCCAUUCACUAAUAUGUGAUUGAUGAAUUUCGACUAAUUAAAGUAAUUGUAAACUGAAUAAUACAUCGUCCAAAGAUUACAAUUCAUACUUCAAAUUUUAGUGAAAAAAUCAAUAUAAAUAAAAUAGGCUUCUUAUUGAUUAAUAUUUGAAAAAUUGUUACGCGUUGCCUUAAUAAGAAUAGACUGAUUUUUAAGUGUAAUUUAGUUGAGUAAUUUACGAGAGUCGAAUAGAACGUUUUAAUCAAUUAAUAUGCCAAAAACAUGGGAUGUUCAAAGUCGCUGUUCGGUUAAUUGGAAGUGUUUAAACUAUUCUUCUAGUCUUCAGUUUAGCUGUCCCUUAAUAAUGUGAUACGAAUUAUGAUAUGUUUCUCUUAAUACAUCAGAACGAUUGCGAAUUUGAACUGUCCUGUUUUAAAAUUAAUGCCAAAAUAUAUUGUCUAUAUGUGAA